ACCACAGUGCCGUGUCGUGUCAGGCGGGGAUACGAGUCCAUACACUCGGAUAUUGUCUUACACGGAAACUUGGGCGGAUCCCUAAGGUGAUUAAUAAACUGUCGUGUCAAUUGACAUUACCCAUCCAUCAGCGCUAACAUGAAAAGCCACGAGUACAGCCCUGCAUGUAUCCCGCGGAGGGUAGCGAUCUUCCUCGCUGUGGUCGGGCUGUUUGUGGGCGCGGGGGUGAUCUUCCUGAAAACAUCGUCCGGCGCCUCGUCCUGGUCCCAGCUCUUCACACAGGAACAGCAGACGGCAGAGAAACUGGAAGACUCCAUCGCCGAGGUAAAAAAACUGGCGGACUCCAAGUUCGACUCCCUGCUGGCGUACGUCAAAGAGUGCAGCACUAUAAAGAACGGAGAAUCGAAACAGCUGAUGGAAUCGUUGAAGGAAACGUCGUUGAAAACGUUGAACGAUUUCCAGAUCAAGAUUAACGAGAUAAAAACGUACAGAGCCCCAGGUGUCGUGCAGCUUGAUGACGUGGACGACAGUGCAGCUCUAGGGUACCUGAAGGAUUUUAACACACGAUUCGGUGGCAACGCCCCCCUGACCGCUAACCCUGCUGACGUCACAACAAUCAAAACAUGGUGGGAGGCGGCGGCCAUGAUGGCCUCGUACAUGAACCCACCACCAAGAUACCAGUGUAAAAAUCUGGCCAAGAUUGGGAACUGGCCAGUUUGUCAGGAUGAGCCUUACGUGGUUAAAGCCCCUUGUCUGGUGUUUUCUUUUGGGAUCGACAACGACUUCAGCUUCGAUGACGCUCUAGGCGCACUUGGCUGUAACGUCAGUUCAUUUGAUCCCAGUAUGAAGAAAGAGACCCACGUACGGAGCCCGCAAGUGACCUUCUACAACAUGGGACUAGGCAGUGUCAACACCAACGGGUUCACCCCCAACAAGGAUGGAUAUGUCCAAGAUGCUCAAACCUGGCAGAUCCGAACCCUAAAGGGGUUCACUAAACACCUGGGGCUGGAGAACCGUGUGAUAGACGUCCUGAAAUUCGACAUCGAAUCCUACGAGUGGCAAGUCUUAGAUAACAUCAUAGAGACGGACAUGUUAAAGUACGUGCGGCAUUUGUUUAUCGAGUACCACUUGUUUCCAUCUAGACCUGCUAAGGAGGACUAUGUCAUGUAUUACAAGCUGAUGAGACACAUCAGACGUCUGGGGUUCAAAGAGUACAAUUAUGAGACCUGCUGUAUACAUCUAGAUAACAAGGAGAAGUUCAACUAUCAAAGUCACGUGAUGUACGUCAACACCAAAUUUGUCAAGAGUGACUGAGUCGAUGGCCAAGUGUGGGUGGCCCUGUGUGGUUUGCUAGGCGUGGAUGGCCUCUGUGUGGUGUGGUUGGCCAGUUAUUGAUGGCCCUUGUGUGGUUGGCUAAAUAGUUAUAGCUUCUGUGUGGUUGUCGAGUGGUUGGCCAGUUGUUGAUGUCCCUUGUGUGGUUGGCUAAAUGCUUAUAGCUUCUGUGUGGUUGUCGUGUGGUUGGCCAGUUAUUGAUGGCCCUUGUGUGGUUGUCUAAAUGCUUAUAGCUUCUGUGUGGUUGGCCAGAUGUGGAUGGCCUCGGUUUGGGUGACUUGGUGUAAAUAGCAAGUUUGUGAUUGGCCCUAUGUUGAUGGCCUUUGUGUGGUUAUCUAAGUAUUAAUGGCCUCUCUAUGGUUGACAUUGGUGUGGUUGGCUUGUUAUGGAUGGCGUUUUUGUGGUUGACAUGGUGUGGAUGACAACAUUGUGGUUGGCCAGUUGUGAAAACUAUCAGAUGGUUGUCCUAGAUCGGGAUGGCUACACUAUGGUUGAGAUUGAUGUGAAUUUGUCGAUGCAAUGUCGAUAACUAAACAUAGACGUGAGCCUUUUACUGCUGAGAUUUCUAUUUCAUGGACUCAUUCUUUUAAAACAAUGGUGUUUUAAUGUGUUUUUUAUCCACUGAACCACGUAACAAAUGAAGAUUUUGAUUAAAUAAACUAAAAAACAUCAGCACAGUGAAGAUUAAAGCGUGUCGCAGCUAUUAAAAGUUACACGUUUAUUUCACGUUCUUCUAAAACUGAUUUGUGGGAAACAUUCGCUGAUGGGGCUAGCUAAAGUGUUUGACAGGGAUAGCUACUGUGUACGCUGGAUAUCAAACCAAAAUCUGUGAUUCUCAAAUUUGAAUGGAAACUAUUUUACAGCAGUAAAUCCUGACACGAACAAUAUGCCCCGAGUUUGAUUGAUCAAAAGCUUUUUUUUUGUUCAGUCAAUGCAUUGGUUCAAAUUUUAUAUUCAUAUUUUCUAUAAUUCUGCAGCUUGUACAACUAUUUAUGGUUA